AUGCAGUAGUGUGCGUGCGUCGUUCGUCAGUCACCCAGCCAGCCAGCAGCAGUUUAGUUUUCAGUUUAGUCAGUGUAGUGAAGGUGAUUGUGAAAAAAAACAAAAGAGCACUACCAGCGAAUCAUCCAUCAUACGAAGGGAAGGAAAAACACUUUCGAUCGAAUUGCUCUGCGCGGCGUCAAGUGUGAAAAUCGUUUUAGAACAAGCAACGCAGCGCAGUGAUGGAAACCCGAUAGGAAGGGCAGGAGGUGCGUGUUUUUGCGCUGGACGAGUGACCUAACAUCGCACUGCAUCAGCAUUUUCAUCGGAAAAGGGAGGUGGUGGCGGAGCACCAGCAGCUGAGAAAAGUGUAAUUAGCUUUUCUAAUCAAAAUUGAUUUCGAUUAGGAUUGGGUUUUGCUAGCGGUGAAGUGAUUUCAGGUUUGUGUGGUGAGCUACUCGGGAGGUUUUCCCAGUGAAAUUGAAUUCUACAAAGAGGAAAAAAUGUCAAACAAGAUAAAUAACCCGAAGAGACGAGAAGUGACUGGCUCGUCUUCAUCAAAUUCCUCCAUUUCAUCGGUCGGAGCGGGUGAUAAUGGAAUUUCGGCAGAUUUGGCUUCGUUGUUCGAGUGUCCGGUUUGCUUUGACUACGUGCUACCGCCGAUUCUGCAGUGCCAGAGUGGCCACUUGGUGUGCACCAGCUGCCGCUCCAAAUUGACCUGUUGUCCCACAUGCCGCGGUUCCCUGGGCAACAUCCGCAAUCUGGCCAUGGAAAAGGUGGCAUCCAAUGUAAAAUUUCCCUGCAAACAUUCGAACCACGGUUGUACCGUGUCGUUGGUCUACACCGAGAAAGCGGAACACGAGGAAGCCUGCGAGUUCCGUCCGUAUCUUUGUCCGUGUCCAGGAGCGUCAUGCAAAUGGCAGGGAUCACUGGACUACGUUAUGCCACAUCUGAUGAUGUCCCACAAAAGCAUUACCACACUCCAAGGGGAAGAUAUUGUUUUCCUGGCGACGGACAUCAAUCUUCCCGGUGCGGUCGAUUGGGUCAUGAUGCAGUCCUGCUUCGGUCACCACUUUAUGCUGGUGUUGGAGAAGCAAGAGAAGUACGACGGACAUCAGCAGUUCUACGCGAUUGUCCAGCUGAUUGGAUCUCGAAAAGAGGCAGAGAAUUUUGCCUACCGAUUGGAACUGAACGGUAACCGGCGCCGGCUAACGUGGGAAGCUAUGCCUCGAUCGAUCCAUGAAGGUGUGGCCAGUGCGAUCCUCAAUUCGGACUGUCUGGUGUUCGAUACCUCAAUCGCACAGCUCUUCGCGGACAAUGGCAACCUCGGAAUCAAUGUGACAAUUUCCGUAGUUUAAACGAGGCGACUUUCCUCCGCUUUUGUUGACUUUCACACUACUUUAAUUAUAUAUUAACCUAUAUACAAUUAAUUUAUCAAUCGCAAAAACACAUGCAUUCAUUGCACCAUUCACACAUCUAACUAAA